CGGGGCGGGAGGAGCCGGAGCCGCCGCCGCCGAUGGCUCAGGAGAAGAUGGAGCUGGACCUGGAACUGCCGCCCGGGAGCGCCGCGGGCCCGGGCGACGGCGGCGGCCUGAGGAGGUCGAACAGCGCCCCGCUGAUCCAUGGGCUCAGUGACAACUCGCAGGUGUUCCAGCCUUACGUGUUGCGGACUCGCAGGAACAGCACAACAGUUAUGAGCCGUCAUGGAAUGUUCUUGUCAUCAUCUCCUAUUCGUAUUCCUAGCAGCCGACUUCAUCAGAUCAGAAGGGAGGAAGGAGUGGAUUUAAUGAACAGAGAAGCAGCACAUGAAAGGGAAGUGCAAACAGCAAUGCAGAUAAGCCAGUCAUGGGAGGAAAGCUUGAGCCUGAGCGACAAUGACUUGGACAAGUCUGAGAAAUCUUUUUCCCCAAAGAGAAUAGACUUCAUUCCAGUUUCACCUGCACCUUCACCUACAAGAGGAAUAGGGAAGCAAUGUUUUUCACCAUCAUUGCAAAUGUUUGUGAGCAGUAAUGGGUUACCUCCAAGUCCUAUUCCCAGUCCAACAAGGCGAUUCUGCAACAGGAGGAGUCAAAGUCCAAUCAACUGUAUCAGGCCUAGUGUUCUUGGCCCUAUUAAAAGGAAAGGUGAAAUGGAAACUGAAAGUCAGCCAAAGAGACUUUUCCAAGGAACAACCAACAUGCUUUCUCCAGAUGUUACACAUCUGACAGAUCUCAGUUCAUGCCUGUCUUCAGAUAUUCUUGACGGGAGUAGCAGCAGUGUUGGCUCUUCCUCUGAUUCCCUGACUAAAGGCAGCAUAACCACCGAGUCUCCAGUCACAUGCUCCAACUCCUGCUCUUCCUUCAUACUGAUGGAUGACUUCUCACCCAAGUGACUUACCAAGUCCUGAGUCAGUGUCUGGCUGUGCUGUCCCCUCACUGUACACUUGUACAGAGAAACGAACUGAUCCUUGAACCAUUAAUAUGAGGUUUAUUAAAAGGAAAAAAAUUGUUGUUACUGUAAUCCUUGGCUACUUUCCAGUGAUUUUUUUUUUAUUUAUCCAUUUAAUGGACAUUGUAGACCAUAUUAAUGUCUGGUUUUGCGAAUUUAUUUUUUAAACAAGAUGUCUGCUGAUAUUAUACUAACUUUUGCUUUCAGGAACUUGCAUACACUUUUUGAUUCCAGGAGUAGGUAUCUACCUAUUAGUGUUGCAAUUUUUAGGAAAGUACUUCUAUCAUUAUCAUGGUCACUAUGUCUAGGGAAAUAACUUGGUUUGGAAGGAUUUGAAAAUACUAAUUUAUUCUCUGGCACUUCUACUAUUGAGAAAAAUUAUUCUUGCCUUUUUUUUUUUCAGUCACUAGCCUGAAAUUCCUUUAUGGAAGGGAGAAAAAAUAUUUUAUUUUCUUAGUGCUGCUAGUCAUUUUUAUUACAGAAGACCACAUUGGGUGUGGAAAUGUCACUCUAUUACAUUAAAAUAAAAACCCCACAACAAAAUAACUAAUGAUUGUCACUUUUGCCAUUGGUGAAAAAAUAAUACUACUCUACAAACAUGAUUAAAUUAGCUGCAUAGUUCUCUCCCCUGAUCAUUUUUCCUACAGAUUGUAUGAAAUAAGUUCAAUAUUCAGUAAGAUUUGGCCAAGGAAAAUUAAUCCACGCCUCGACUGAAGAUAUACAGUGCAGAUAACUAAGUUAAUUAAACUACUGUGUAGGAGAACCAUGUAUGGCACCAUCGAUGUCUCCUGUGGCAUUGAGGUCAUAAGUAUUUUUGUGCCUUAGGGGACAUUGUUACAAAAUUAUGGAAUGUAAACCAAGAGGGGUGGGUGGGGAAAGUCCUUUGUGUACAGCUUGUUUAUAGAGUGCUUACCCUUAUCCUGCCGUGGAUGCUGCUUUCCUUAGUGUUCCUCCCCGAGGCGUGUGAGGUGCUGUGGGCAGGCCAGCUCUGCUGAGGGAGCAGCCCAGGGGACACCCCUUGCAGCUGCUCUGAACAGAGUUUGUCCCUUUGUUGGUCACGAGCAGGGCAAACAGCUCAGCCAACACUCAAUCCCUAAGGAAAGACUUUGGAUUGGAUACGAACUCUGCAAAUUGCUUGGUGAAGGAGCUCUAUUUGAGCUACGAGUAGUCUUGAUACAGUACCUUGGUCAGUCUGAGGUAGGAAUAGAUAUUUUACUUUUUAAAGACUAUAACGGGGCAAAAUAAAUCCGUUUGUAAUCUACUGUGUUAUGCUAUUUAUUAUUUAUAACUCUGUAAAAAGUCUGUGGUGAUGAAUUAUAGUAUUUUUUUAUGAUUGAAUAAGUUUUUUAUGUUCAGUAAUUGCUGGCUGGUUUGUAUUUAAUACGCAACAUUGUCUGCCAGAAUCAUAAGCUUCCAUUUUUGAAUGUUUGUAACAUAAAUGCUUUUGUUACCUAAAAGUACAACUUGUGAUCUUUCUGAAAGAAAAUAGCACUGAAUUUAAAGUAAGAUUAUGUGCUUUAGAAGUGAGCACAACCUCUGGCAAUACUGUCUGCCUAGAAGGGGAGGGGAGAACCAUAGUUUUUUCCGAAGAAGCUGUUGGGUAUCCAGAAGACAUGUACAUACCAGAUUAUUUUUAAAAGUGUUUCCUUUAAAUUGUAAGAAGUACUAGAAUGGGCCAACAGUGGCACUAUUAUUUGUAUUACCAUUUUCACCUGUGGAGCAUUAGUUCCCCACUUCAAAUAAAUGUGCAUAUUGUAAAAUAUUGUCCAUUGGUGCCAUUUUUAAAUGAGCUCUACAAGUAUUGAAUGUUAAUUUUAUUUGUAUAUGCACAGUGCUAUUUCUUGAAUUUUUGAUGUCUUAAAUAGCUUAAUUAUUUUUUUAUUCAUGCCUGUGUCUUCUCUGCCUUCUUGAUGCUGAAAGAAGGUUCCUUUUCCAUUGCAAAAUAUUGAUAAACAGUCUGUGAUAAAAUCCAAGCUGUUACCUGUGCCCCAGUUUCCUUAUACCUUGCUUUUACUGCUACCGUGAUUUAGAAAUCUAAACAAGGGGUGGCAGGAGGGGGAAAUCUAUUGCAUGCUUUCUUAAACCUGAGAAGAGCAUAGCUAUUGCUUAUUUUUGGCUGAUUUACCUGUACAAUUGAUGUAUUCCAGAUUUGUUUGUUAGUGGAGAGUCUUAUCCGAGUGCUGCCCUCUGUAAACAUUCAAAUGUACGCUGCAUAAAGCAAACGCACAAACAGUCACUCUUGUUACAGCAGUUUUUUGUAGUGUUCUGGCUGUUCUGCACUCUUGGAAUGUCUUACAAAAGACAUUGCUCUUUUAUAAAAUAUAUACUUAAUGCA